UUUUUCUGAGGGCUGGCUGUCACGGUGAACUCUCAUCACCAAAAGCAAAGGCGGACGAGUUGAACGCGCGGUGUCUAUUUGGGGGGUGUGACAGCACUCUCCAUACAGCUGUGCCGGGCUUGUUUAUGAGUUGAACAGGUUGCUAUACGGAGCGUUUGGGAGGAGAAAAAAAAACACACCGGCAUGUUCUUUGAGACACACACGGCCACUGACCGCCGAGGAUUUGAUGGUCGGAGAACCGCUGCUUAAUUAGAGCUGAAUGAAGUCCAAGCCGGCUCCGAGCGGCUCGAUGUUGUGUUGACACUCGUCCAUCAGAAACAUGGCAACUUUGAGAAGUAGAGAGUUAAUGUUGUUUUUGCUUCUGUUUUGCAGGUUUGUUUAUGACAUGAAUGACAAACAGGACAGGCCUUAUGUGUGCGGCGCCCCGGGCUGCUCUCAGCGCUUCCAGUUGGAGGAGCACCUGAUCAUUCACAGACACAAGCAUGAGAUGACCCUCAAGUUCCCCUCCAUCAAGGCGGAUACGACUUUUACAGACCAGACUCCAACGCCAACCCGAUUUUUGCAGAACUGUGAAGAGGUUGGUCUGUUCAAGGAAAUAGAGGAAGAGUUUCUUCAAGCACAAGAAGAGGAAAAGAGCAAACAGACGCUUCCUCACAAUGGGCCGUCCUGUAUGAACCAGCUCAAACCCCAGCUACAGCUCCAGCACCCACAUCCCCAACCACCGCUGCACCAUCCCCAGACCCAUCCGCUGCAACAUCCCCAGUCUCAUGGCACCAUGAUGGGCCCCAGCUGCAGCCUGGCUGCCCAGCAAGCUCUGUCCUCUUCCCAGUCCGGGUCAGUCAUCACCCAGGCUCCUUCCACGCUCACACACUCAGGGCCAGUUCCUGGGCCGCUGUCCUCCCUCCUCCACAUGCGGAACAGACACAGACAACCGCUGCCAGCCUCCUUACCUGGCACCCUGCCAGACCCCGCCAUGCAAGGGGCAUCUGCUCAGCACAUGCCUAUAGAGAAGCAGAUGUCAUGUAUAAUGGGUAUACCAGGUCCCGUACACAAUCCCUCCUGUUCCUCGCCCCAGAGAUCCAAACAGACGCUGGGUCAUCAUUUCCAACAGCACCACCCAGGAAUGGUCGGCAUCAACAACCCUGUGACAUCCAUGGGUCACAUGAUGGAGAUGAUAUCGCAGCGUCAUCAGGCUCCUCCGCUACAGCACCACCAUCAUCCUCAUCAUCAUUCACAGCUUCCAGCUCCACCCCUCACCUACCAACAGCGGUGCCACGCUCCACCUCCGCAGCAUCUGGGAAGCACCCACGGCCACCAGCUUCACCAGUCAGCGAAUGCACCGCACCCUCAGGCUCACCAAUCGCCGCCUCCCCAUCUGCACCAGGGCUCGCCUCCUGCACCUCCCCUGUCUGUUUCAACACAGUUAUCACCAGUUGCACAACAGAUGCAGCCCUCACAGCAAUCCCAUCCCCAGCAUGCAGUGCAGGCAGUUGGUAGCUGCAGCGGUGGAGGAGGAGGAGGAGGAGGAGGAGGAGGUGGAGGUGGCAGCCGUCGCAGGAGGACAACAGAGCAUGACCCGGAUGAGCGAAGGCAGAAGUUUCUGGAACGUAACCGGGCUGCAGCCACACGCUGCCGACAGAAGAGGAAACUGUGGGUGUCGUCGCUGGAGAAGAAAGCUGAGGAGUUGACGCAUACGAACCUGCAGCUACAGAACGAGGUGACGUCGUUGAGAUCAGAGGUGGGACAACUGAAGCAGAUUCUGCUCACCCACAAGGACUGUCCUGUCACCGCCCGGCAGAGAGAGUCACAGGGGUACCCCACUGCAGGGGUGAGCCCAGGAGGAAGUCCCACCCCUGUAGGUCCUGGGUCUCAACUGCAGGCCAUCCAACACAACAGCAUCUCCACCUCCUCGACAAGUGGAGGCGACACGGGGCACGACCCCCAGCCUGGACGCUAGCCUUCACCAUGUAGAAGAGGGAUGGCUGAAUCGUACCAGACUGAAUUAUCUUUUUGUCGUAACUAAGUGUCACUCGGCUGUGGAGCCGUGUCCCUUUACAUUGUAGAUGAAAUACUGAACUGGAUAGGUGAAUCUAUAAAUCCACUUGAACACUGAGGUAUUUUUCAACAUAAUUCUCAUCUUUUCUGGUUGGAGAGGAGACCAGAACCACAUACUGAUACAUUUCCAUAACAGGUGCAGAAUGACCUUAUUUGAAAGCCUUGUUAAAAACUGUGAUGGUUACAUGGCAACUGGAUCCUGUGUAUAUUCAGAAAAUGUCUGUUUCUGUUCACAGCAAUCUAACCAUUGCCUGCUACCCACUGACUAUGCACAUACACAAUCAUAAUACAUAUUUUCAGUAUCUUUUGCUCUUAUAUCUUGCACUAAUUUUGAAAAACAAAGCCUAUAUAUUAGUUUUAUAUUUCUAACUGAGCAUCUGUGAGUGCACACCGUAAGCCUUCCCUUCAGAAGCAGCUUGUCAAAACUGUACUGUAUUUUUCUACAAAUGAUUCAUACUAAGACAAAAAAAAAAUGUUUCGAUCAAACCCACCUCUGUCUUGGAAAGACAUUUAAUACAUGAUUGUAUCGUAUUUUCUUUCAGGCACUUUCUUCUAACUACCCUAAGACAGUAAACAACUCUAAAUCUGCACCAUGUCCCUGUCAGUUGAAUAAAAAAAACACUUAUUCUGGUA